AUGAGAUCGUCGGGCGCAUCGCAAUGCCGGCGACUUCUGGGGAUAGGCCACAACGCCUUGCUGUCUCUCGACGGUCAGUACCGCCAGCGCAUCGCGGCGAGAGAUGCGGCUCUGAACUACGCCAAGGUGCCUCCUCUUCAAGUGGUGGACAACAUGCUCCCGCGCCGCCGCCUUCGCCGAGUCGACCCGCAGCUUCGUCAGCAAGUGGUGGACAAACAGGCGGCAGCCAAGAAGUCCGCACAGCCAGUGGUGGUGAAGCGCCCGCCGGUCAUACCGCAGGUCGACCCCUUGGCGGCAGUCUUCACGGAGCCCUUUGUCGACUCGGUGGCGGCCGACGUUGACCUCAUGGUUUACCGGACUGAGCCGCCCAAAGAGGAGCCGCAGGUGCAAGCAGCUCCGCCCCGCCCCGAUGUCGGCAACAUGGACUACCUGGACAUGAUCGCGCCCGACCUCGAGUUCCACAUGCAGGCCGCGCCCGCCUCGCAGCCCGGCCUUCCACCAGUGCCAGGCUCGUCCCUGGCCAGCUCCGAGGAUGGAGACGCAAACAAUGACCAGCUGAUCGACCUCGACACGGACAGCGAGGAGGACCCCAUGGACGACCCCGCGGAGCAGGACCAAGGGGACGACGACGAUGACGACGACCAAGGGCCGCCUCGCAUAGUACAGAGGUCUGUUUUGUGCACCGCGCCUGUCGCACCGCCGUGGGACUCUGGAGCUGCUGCCUCGUCAGCGGCCACAGUGGGCGACACGGAGCAGGGUCAGCAGGACGCAGCGGGGUACGCAGCGACAACGGGUGACACCACGGGUGUGCAGACAGCUCCAGUGCAGGACCCGCCCGUCGCACCCGCCCCGCAGACCAGCUGGCCACCUCCUGACCUGGUCGCACGCGAAGCCCGCCGAGCUGCUCGCAGACAGCGCGAAGUGGAUGCAGAGGCCCGCUGGGCGGAUGAGCCCGACCCAUGUAACGUGCUCCCGAACGAGACAAGCACGAUAUGGUCGCUCCCGCAAGGUGUUCCUGAGCAGCCGGUGCCUUCGCGCUACGCCGACUCGCGAGUGCACGGCUUUUGCAACCUCGGUUGUGAAACACCGAAACGGCACCGCACCGACGUGUGCUUAGGACACGCUGAGAUCAGUGUCCGGGUGCCACAUGUUUUCGUGAUCUUCCUCGCCUCGCGGAGCGCCGGUGUAAAAGACAGGCCGAGUGAAGUGAUACCCCGCUCUCCCCCCCUCCCGACCCACAGGAGUUAG